UCACUUCCCAGGCCUAGUACAGGGGCCAGUGAGCACAGGAGGUCCCCACAGCAAGACACCAUCCUAAAAGCCAUGGCCACCAGUAUGGUCCCUGGAGUCCCUCAGAAGGUGGGGGUAGUGGGCUAUGGCCGCCUGGGACAAUCCCUUGUGUCCCGCCUUCUGGCUCAGGGAUCAGAACUGGGCCUAGAACUUGUCUUUGUGUGGAACCGUGACCCUGGACGAAUGGCAGGGAGCGUGCCUCCUGCCUUGCAGCUCCAAGACCUCAUUGCCCUUGAGGAAAGGCACCCUGACAUUGUGGUAGAAGUGGCCCAUCCAAAACUAAUCCAGAAAUACGGGGUACAAAUCCUGCGCCAUGCUAACCUCCUGGUGGGAUCCCCCUCAGCUCUGGCUGACCAGACCACAGAGCAGCAGCUCCUGGAAGCUUCAAACCACUGGGGUCACACUGUGUUUGUGGCCCGAGGGGCCCUGUGGGGGACUGAAGACAUCAGCAGAUUGGAUGCAGCCGGGGGCCUCCAGAGCCUUCGAGUCACUAUGGCCACACACCCUGAUGGCUUCCGGCUGGAGGGGCGUCUGGCUGCAGCGCAGAGCAGCGGGGCCCGCACAGUGCUCUAUGAGGGCCCUGUGCGUGGGCUCUGCCCUUUGGCCCCCCGAAAUUCUAACACUAUGGCAGCCGCUGCCCUGGCUGCCCCCAGUCUGGGCUUCGACCGUGUCAUUGCGGUGCUUGUGGCUGACCUUAGCCUCACUGACAUGCAUGUCGUGGACGUGGAGCUGACCGGCCCCCCAGGGCCGACAGGCCGCAGCUUCGCCGUGCACACCCACAGAGAGAACCCAGCCCAGCCUGGCGCUGUCACCGGUUCUGCCACUGUUACAGCCUUCUGGCACAGCCUCCUGGGUGCGGUCAGACCCUUCCAAGGGUCCCCUGGCAUUUGUGCUCUGCAGAGCUCCGUUUUCGGUCUUUGCCCAUCCUUGGUUCUCACUCCUGGGCUUUAGGUUCCUCUCUUUCCCGUCCCCCUUUCUCUCAGCAUCUCUGUCUCAUCUAGGCCUCGCCAUCCACACCCCACAUUUCUUUCUGAGUAUACCUCUUUGGGUUGGUCCACACUACCAUUUUCAAAGCCCACGUUCGGUUCCCCACGGCUGUCUGCAUAUGUCUGUAUUGUCACCCUAGUCUUUCAUUCUCCCCACAGGCUGCUGCCAGCUCCCCUCCAGACCUGGGAUCCGCCUCUGCUGACAGUCUCCUUCCCCACUACCCUUGCUGUCACCUCAAUCACUAUGUGGCUCAGUAAACACCAAAAUUUUGUCCGCUGUU